ACUGGGAUGUUUUAAAAGGAAGAAACUAAACCAAGGUUUAUUGGAACUACUAGAAAUGGCUGUGUGCAAGACAUUCUGCCUUUUAUUCAUGCUCAUGUGUCAGGCUCAAGGUCGAGGGUGGGAUGGUACCUCAGAUCGAGCACUGUACAACUACUCUCCAGUGCUUCCAGAUGGGAUGGAAAUAACUGUCUUUCUCUUUAGAAACUUGCCACAAAGGCAUUACUUUGUAUUGAAGACGGAUACUACCCCAUUUUCUAUCACUGUGACUCCAUGUGAUGCACCUUUAGAAUGGCACCUGGCUGCUGCUAACUCCAACAAAAAGGCGGCAGGUAAAGGUUCUGAUGGAGAUGCAUAUAAACAUGGGAAGUUGCAGAAACAUCAGCAGAGUUGGGAAGCUAUGAGAGAUCUUUUUAUCUAUAAAGGAAAUGCGGUGGAGACAUAUGUGAGUGUCUCAUCACAUUCAACCUUCUAUAGGUUGGAGCUUACUUCUACUGAAAAGAACACUCGUAUCAGAGUUUAUAUGACCACCAGCCCACAAACUGAUCCACCAUACCCAGAGCUGCCUUUUGACCCUCGUGUCGAUGUUACAUCUGUGGGGCAGACAAUGGUGACCCUAGCCUGGAAACCAAGCCCUUCAAUUUUACGAUAUGAAGAAAACAUUCAAUAUUGUCUCCUUAUCAACCAAGAACACAAUUACAAAAGUCUAUGUGCUGCUGAGGCUCAGGUGGAAUCCUCUGAUGAUCUAUGGCCAGAUAUACCAGUCGUGUCCAUCUUCUCCAGCUUACAGGAGAUCCAUGUUGCAAACACAAAAGGUUACCAUGUCGAAUUGCUGUCCCCUUCAAAGUCAAGUACACUUAAUAGUCCAUUACUCUGGGAAAAAGAAUUAGAUAUCAUACAACAAUGCAUUGGUAAUAAAAAUGUUUAUGUGGUGUCUGACCUACAACCAAACACCCAGUAUUAUUUUGAUGUGUUUGCUGUGAAUAUCCUUACCAACACUAGCACUGCAUACACAGGAACCUUUGCAAAAACUCUCCAGCAGCCAGAUCCCAAAGUUCUUGGGCUGAAGGAAGGAAAUAUGAUUCAAGUGUAUGUCGGAAAGGAGAAGCAGAAAGUUUAUAGCUUCAGGGCUGGUGUUUGGAAUAGGAGAGUGCAGUUCACCUUUUACUCUUGUGGAGAGGUACAUGUUCAAAUUGAAAGGAAUGGGAAGCUCUUAGUCUCUGAAAAUAUAGAAAGUUUGAAACAUUUCCAACUCAGAGGAAAAGCCAAAGCAAGAUACGUAGUUGGGAUAAAAUCCAUGGAGUCUUUUGAGGCUUCUGUGAAAAUUCUCGUAUCUACGCAUUUCAACAAACCUAUCUUUCCCCAGCUGCCAGAAAGUCUGAAAUUAAAAACUUUUGAUAAACUAAGGACCUGUAACUCAGUCACCAUUGCCUGGCUUGGAACACAAGAACGGAACAAGUACUGCCUCUACAAAACAGAGAUUGAGCAGGAACGUGCGAAAAAAGAAAUAAGGAAGGCAAAUGGCUGCUUUGGGCCAGAGGUGAGGAAUUUGGCGGAGAAGGUGCACUGCAAGUAUUUUCACAACUUAAACAAGCUACGUGCAGUGACUACAGAGGAAGUCAGAGGAUUGGAGCCAGGAAAAAUCUAUCUGUUUGAUGUAUAUGUUAUUGGACAUACAGGACAUUCUGUCAAAUACCAAAGUAAACUAGUAAAAACAAGGAAGGUGUGCUGAUUUUUUUUUAAAACAACAAUGAAAUGUUUUAACAACAGUUGGAGCUCAGGAAGUUUGCCAAACAAUAUGAAAGUGAACAUUUGCACAUUUAAGAACAUGUGCCAUUUUUAGUAACCUAGUGAAUCUGCUUCCAAACUGAAUGAUUCUGAACAUUGACAUGAAUGACUGAAUGGGCUGAGUAGCCUUUUUCUGUUCCAAAACAUAUAUGCUUUUAUAAAAAUAUAAAAGGGUCAAGUCUAAGUUUAAGGAAUUUGUGCCAACAUCAAGGGAAUAUGGCAGAAUUGGACUUAGAGUUAAACAAACUGGAGAUUUAAUUUUUUUGAGUUAGGUUUCAGUUUGCUUCUAGUAUGCUCAAAAUCAGUUGGGGGAAGGGCUUAAUCUUUUCAGAGACAGCCAAAGGACUGUGUACUCUAUGAUUCCAGUUAAAAAAAAUUGGGGGAAUGUAUUAUGGGAACCAGCAUCAAUAUGCUUGCUGAUAUUCUUCAUCCUGACAACAAUUUAUUUGAACCCCUUGGAGCAAUCUGAUUAACUUUGUCUGUUUGGUUUAGAUGCAGGUUUAAUCAGCCAUUUGUUUUGUUU